AUGGCGGAAACUGGUAAGGAUGAUCAUAAUUCCCCUUCUGAAGCUUCUAGUAUCUCCGCCGCGUCCGACGGCGGAAGUGGCAGCCCGGUGACAAUGAAGAUGGAGAUGAUCGUUGCCGAGGAAAUCAAUGGUGGUGAUCGGCAGUCGCAGGAGUCGAACUCACGGCUGCUGUUGGAUCUUAAGCUUUCUAACAAUGAAGAGUCCGGCGAUGGCUCGCCGGAGAUUUUGAAUUCCAAGAGGAUAGUGUCGUCGCCGCCGCCAGCGGCGGCGGCGACGGUGGAUUCUUCUUCCUCUCAAGGUCAUGCAAAUGAAUUAUCCUCAAAUUCAAAAGCUAGGGUUUUUUCAUGCAACUUUUGUAAGAGGGAAUUUUCCACAUCCCAAGCCCUAGGUGGCCACCAAAAUGCACACAAGCAAGAACGAGCCAUGGCCAAGCGCCGCCAAGGAAUGGAACUCGGUAGCGGCGACAAUGUAGUCGGGCCACCGUACUUGACAUCAUACUAUAAUCCAUAUUCUGCCCUCUCGCCUCAUCCACUCUACGGAUCAUCGCUUGGAAAAUCACUUGGAAUACGAAUGGAUUCAAUGAUUCACAAACCAUCGUCGUACCGAUGGCUUGGGUCACCAGCGUUGCAGUUUCAUGGCAGAGUAGAUAGUGGUUGGGCUUCUCGACCAGUGAUUGUGACUAACAAUAACAAUAAUUCAAAAUUAUCGACAUUUGAAAGGCUGAAAAUGGAGGGAAUUCAAAUUCAUAAUGGUGGAUUUCGAUUAUCGACUGCAAUGAAUGCAGAAUCGAUACGACGAUUUGAUGAAGAUAGACCAAUUUCGAUACCGAAUUUGAAUCUUUCAGAGUCGCCCGUGUUAAAAAUGGAUCACCACGUAGAAGACAGCGAUGAAGUCGACUUAACUCUCAAGCUUUAA